AAUGAACAAAGGAAGGUGGGGGCUGGGGGAUAGUAUGAAAAGAGGAAUUAUGUAUGUAGCCAUUCGUCAUAUUCCCCAUUAGUCCGGUCAUCCUACACGAAAAACUCUUCCCCAAUUUUUCUUCUUUGUUGUUGUUGUUUUUUUUUUUUUCCAUUUUCACGCACUUGGAAGCGGCAAAAAGUCAAGCACUAAAUUCACCUUUCUGUUAAUCAAUCUUCCCCUUUGAUUUUCCUUGCAAGUAGUAGUCUCAGUCGUCGCUGGGACCUCACUCUGGUGACUCUUCUACUAUAAUAGAGCUUUUGGUUUUUGUUAGAAAAUUUUAACGUAUCGUAAGCAUUGCUCCUUUGACCGGAAGAAGUGAAGAACCAUCAAAGUUCAAACCAAACUGUACACAUCUUUACUCCCCCUUUUUUUCCUUCUAAUUCCUCAUCUUUGUAGUUUAUUCUAUGUGUUCUCCUGAUUUGUGAAGACCCUUUUUGCUCUGGAUUAAGGAAUUUGAUCUAAUCUGAUUUGGUUCAGGGAGGUCUAUGAAGAUUGAAGCUUGCAGUUUGGCAUAUAGGACAAUUGCCUGUGCUAAUCAUCAUUUUACAUAGUAUUUAUCCUUGAUCAGCAAGUGUUUUGCUGGACUAGAAUGUCACUUCACCGUCAAGCUCUCGUUGCUCAUUUUGGUUUCUUUGUAUGGUGGCUGGUGAAUACUGUGUUCAGCAAUGGGAUUCAGGCUGAUGUCGACUGCCUCAAAUCUCUAAAAGCCUCCUUAGAAGAUCCCCUCAAUAUUUUAUCAUCUUCCUGGAAAUUUGAAAACACAACUGAGGGUUUUAUCUGUGACUUCUCUGGAAUUGAGUGCUGGCACCCAGGCGAGAAUAAGGUAUUGAAUAUUCGUCUGGCAGACAUGGGGCUCAAGGGAGAAUUUCCACGUGGUCUUAACAUGUGCUCAUCUUUGACUACUCUGGAUCUUUCCAGCAACAACAUCAAUGGAAAUAUACCAUCUGAUAUCUCAAAACUGAUUAAGAAUGUGGUGAAUCUUGAUCUUUCCUCUAACCAUCUCACAGGACAAAUUCCCGUGGAUCUUGUGAAUUGCUCAUUCCUGAACUUUAUCAAACUUGGCAACAACCAAUUGACGGGGCCAAUUCCUCCAGAGUUCGGCCUUCUAGACCGAAUCAAGGAAUUUAGUGUCAAGAACAACCAGUUGAUGGGACAAGUACCUAUGUUUAGAAAUGGUACUACAACAGACUAUUCAAACAAUCCCGGGCUAUGUGGGAUUCCCAACAAACCUUGUCAGGCUCCUGCAAAGAAAGCAGUUACAGGAAUUAUCAUUGGGGCAGCUGUGGGUGGGGUAACGUUUGCUGUGUUACUGGUUUUGGGAUUGUUAUUCUUUAUGCGUAGGACAUAUAGAAAGAAGAAGGAAGAGGAUCCUGAUGAGAAUAAAUGGGCAAGGAGUAUUAAGGGUGCCAAUGGGAUAAAGCUUUCAAUGUUUGAGAAAUCAGCUUCAAAAAUGAGAUUGAGUGACCUUAUGAAGGCUACCAACAAUUUCAGCAAAAGCAAUAUUAUUGGGUCUGGGAGAACGGGGACUAUGUACAAGGCUUUACUCGAGGAUGGAACUUCACUGAUGGUGAAAAGGUUACAAGAUACCCAACAUUCUGAGAAACAGUUUGCUUCUGAGAUGGCUACUUUGGGGAACAUAAGGAACCGUAACCUGGUUCCCCUUUUGGGCUUUUGUGUGACUAAAAGAGAGAGGCUUCUAGUCUACAAGUAUAUGCCAAAUGGCACUCUGCAUGAUAGGCUGCAUUUCCCAGGUGAAGGUGAGAAAACACUGGAUUGGCCUUCAAGACUCAAAAUUGGAAUUGGCUCGGCUGAAGGAUUUGCAUGGCUCCAUCACAAUUGCAAUCCACGAAUUCUUCAUCGAAAUAUAAGCUCCAAAUGCAUUUUGUUAGAUGCUGAUUUUGAACCCAAAAUAUCUGAUUUUGGACUUGCUCGUCUCAUGAAUCCAAUUGACACCCAUUUGAGUACUUUUGUGAAUGGCGAAUUUGGGGAUUUGGGUUAUGUAGCACCCGAAUAUUCUAGAACUCUAGUGGCAACUCCAAAGGGGGAUGUUUACAGUUUUGGUGUAGUUCUUCUUGAGCUAGUUACUGGUGAGACGCCUACAAAUGUGGCAAAAGCACCUGAAUACUUUAGGGGAAAUCUGGUCGAAUGGGUUUCCAACCUGUCGAGUAACUCCACACUUAAUGAUGCAAUUGACGGAUCUUUGAUUGGAAAGGGCUAUGAUUCGGAACUUUUCCAGUUCCUAAAAGUUGCUUGCAGCUGCGUGCUGCCGGCUCCUAAAGAAAGGCCUACAAUGUUUGAGGUCUAUCAGCUUCUCAGAGCUAUUGGAGAGCGUUACAACUUCACUACAUAUGAUGACAUUUUGGUGCCUUCAGAAAGUGGAGAUACAAAUCCCCUUUACGAGGUAAUCGUUGCCCAGGAAGGAAUAGAAAUGUAUGGAAAGGUAUGAGUAUGUAGGAUAGAAUAAUUAGCCUUGUAAUGAAUGCAUAUGUAAGUAACAGAUGAUUUUGAUUUGAAAAUGGUUGUCAAUAUCUAUGUGAGUGUUUCCAUUAGCUAUGCUUAGUUUUUCACCAUCAUUUGGAGUCACUUUAGGUCUAGUUUUUGUCGAAAUUCAGGCAGAAGAUAAAAUCUUUUGAUACCUUAUACUCCAUCUUGCUGACUAAGACCUCGUGAUCCGUGAGGGUAAGUAACAGAUAUCCUGAUAGGGAGAACACAUAAUUCUUUGAAUGUAAUUACAAACAUUGAUGACAGCUUUGUCAAUUGACUGCAGUUCAUUUUUGCUUCUCGUAUAGUGUAUCUCCGGGUCUAAUGUGCUAAUUAGGAAUUCGUCAAUGUUCUAAUGUGCUAAAAUUUCUCAUUUGUACGCCUUUUCUUUGAUCUCCCCUUUGGCUUUUCUGCUCCGUGUUCCAUGAUUUCCUUCGAGCAUGAAAUCUUUCUCAUCUUUACGAGUCCUUACUCCAACACCACAAGCAUCCUGAAUAUACUUGGCAGUGGUGGGCUGAUCCGACCUUGGGAACUCCUACCUCUUGAACCCAACCCAGAAUGAGUAACAAAACAACCAAUCGUUUCAUGGGCUGAACCCACAAGUUGCGGACACCAAGAUACAACCCGGCCUUCUUCAUCCAACGUUUGUGUUUCAUCAAUGAAAGUGUUUUGGAAGCUUUUCUUUUUCAUCCGCAUUACCCAGAGAAACUUCAACUUGGUGUCUUUCAAGCUAAAGCCAUAUUGUUCCAUUUGUUGCUCGUUAAUUUCUGCCAAGCUCCAGAAUGUACACGCGCUGGACUCUGGCUUAGUGAGAUUGAUCCCGUAAGCUGUCGUCCUAUCCAAGUACAUGGAUGGAACUGUUGGACCCACAGUUGGAACUCGCCAUAGAUUACCCAUCCAUUUCAAUGACUGGUUGUAAACACAACCAAGAAGAUAAAUUAGCAGAAGAAGAUUCUGUGUAAUACUAAAUGUCAAGUGUCAAACUGUAAGAUGCAGGUUUUUGUAAUCUGUUCGCACAUUAUCAUCCCAUUAGUCCACCCCACCACUCUCCCAUCCCAGAGGUAAAUUAGUAUGAGUGAGUGCAAAAUAUUCCAUUGAAACAACUCACAUCUUCAUUCAAUUCGCCUAAAUUGCGGAAAGUAGUAUUUGCAUAGCCAAUCCCCGAAAUGUUUGGCUACAUCAAGAGCCCACGUCAUGAAGAAGCGUAAAUCACCACAUCAACAGGUUGACCAUUGUCAUCAAGCUUCUUGAGGAUCGAACAAGCCAGAAACCUUUCCAAAUGAACUUCAGGGAUUCCCGCGGUUAACUAGCCAUGCGCCUUCAUUGCCUUCAUCCAAAAUGGCCUCGAAAUUGAUUGAAGUUCUGGAAUCUGCAUGCAUUAAUAUGGAGACGAAAACAAUGUUUACAAAUGUGGCCUUCACCCUUUUGAAGCUAGCCGCUUCCAGAACUAAAGCCAUGGGUUUUUAUGUGGCCUUGGGCGGGAAAUGGCAGCCAUAGAGAGCACGAACCAUUUUGACAUUACUGAAUGCCAUGAUGACCAAGCCAGCACCUAUGCAUUUGCUUUUUUC